AUGGACUUCCACUCGCCUUUGCUUCUUCCCCUCCUUGCGGUCAUCGCCAUUACAUCGCUUGCGUGCGUUGUCGUCGAUGCGGCAUAUCAAGUGUGGUUCUCUCCGCUGUCGAGAUUCCCAGGCCCCAAGAUCGCCGCAAUAACUUAUUUGUAUGAAUUUUACUAUGAUGCGAUUCUCAAGGGCCGAUAUAUCUUCAAGGUCAAGGAGCUGCAUAAAAAAUAUGGUCCUAUUAUUCGCAUCAGUCCUCAAGAGUUACAUAUUAAUGAUCCUCACUUCUACGGCGUUCUAUACUCACAUAGCAACCCCCGAGAUAAGAAUUAUUAUUAUUUGAAGCCCUUCGACUUCCCCCUUUCUGCGUUUGGGACAGUCAGCCAUCACGUCCAUCGGCUGAGGCGUGGCGCUAUGAAUCCGUUCUUCUCGAGAGGCAAAGUCCUCCAGCAGGAGAGCCUGAUCCAGGGCCUUGUUCAAAAGCUCUGCAGCCGGAUCGUGCAGUUCGGCGCCAUGGAAAGCAUCGUCCCUCUGUCCCUGGGCUAUACAUGCCUUACCACAGACCUGAUCACGACUUUCACCAUGGAUCGAUGCUACGGCUACCUCGACGCUCCGGAUUGGUAUCCUAACUGGGGUCAAGUCCUUAGAGACGCUUCAGAGAUGUCUAUGGUGUCCAGACAGGUGACGUGGGUACUGUCACUGCUGAAACUACUUCCCAAAUCUAUCACCAUGUCCCUAAAUCCAGGUCUCAAAUUGUUCUAUACCUUGGCCGGACGAUGCCGUGAACGCAUAGAUGAGGUCCAAUACGAGCGUUUGAGAGCAAACAAAUGUGCCGAGGAGAUGGUCGGACGCAAGAAGACGCUGUUUGACCAAAUAUACGACUCCAGGCUCAGCAAUGAAGAGAAGCGGCCCGACAGGCUGACCCAGGAGGUCCGCUCCAUCAUCGGUGCGGGAACGGAAACGACCUCAAACUGUCUCUCCGUGAUAUCGUAUCACCUUCUCACAAAUCCAGAGAAACUCCAGCGACUUAGGGAUGAGCUCCAGAACCUCGAGUCGGAUCCAACUGCAGAGGUGAAACUCUGCCUUCUCGAACAACUCCCGUACCUUUCGUCGGUUAUCCUUGAAGGUUUACGGCUUUCAUACGGCGUCAGCACGCGGUUGCAACGGAAAUCCCCCGACCAGGCCAUCGAGUAUAAGGGACUUGCUAUUCCACCAGGCACACCUGUGGGAAUGUCAUCAGUCAUAGUCCACCAUGAUGAGGACGUAUUCCCUGAUUCACAUAAUUUCGUUCCCGAACGGUGGCUGGAUCUCGAAGAACGAAAGCAUCUUGAAAAGUACAUGGUCUCCUUUAGUUCCGGCUCCAGGAGAUGUAUCGGAAUGAAGUGA